UAGAGAGUGAGAGUGAAAGUGAAACGGUGCCCAGUGACUUUACCUUCGUUCUCUUCGAAGGUUUUGCUUCAAGCUGAAACUCUCUGCUCGACCUGCUUGGGUUCACACAUCGAGCCAAAAUGUUUAGAGAUUUUGGAGUCCACACCAUGGUCUUUGGGAACACCAUGAAUUCCCAUUUGACCUUUAUGAAUCUUCUCAGCAAAGAACUACAUUUACGGGACGUGCACCCAGAAGCUAAGAGUGAUGCAAUCAUUGCUUUUGUCUCCAUUGUGUCCCGAGCUGGUACCGACAUCGAAGCUGCUCUUACCAGCAUUCCUGUGAACCGACCUGUUGUUCUAGUUGUGCUCCACCACACGUUUGAUCCACAUUUCGUUGCUCCAGAGAGCAGACACUGUGUUACCCAGGGGAACGUGUUCACUGUGGACUGCCUGUAUCAUGAGGACCGAGGCCUGCUGAAAUGUCAACGAAACGACCAGGCACUGAAAGCAGUUACUGACCAUCUGAUAUCUAAAGGAGCAUCACCAGUUCGUUUUGAACAGGUGACACAUGAAAACUGGAAACAGAUGUUCUGGAUCCUUGUACUAAUGAACAUCGCCCUGAUUUACGUGGGUUGUCUUUCCAUCUGGUAUCUUCCUGUGGUGCUCCUUUUUGUGGUUCUUGUGAAGAAGUCUGAUUAUGGCAAAUUGAUUCUCUGGCCUUUUCUUCUCGUCUCUGUCUUGGUGUUUUUCAUUUCAAUCAUUCUAUACCUCACGGCUUCAGACGCUUCUGAAUCCGUCAGACACACCUCUCCUGAGCAGAAGUCUCAAAUAGUAUGAAAACAAACGUACAAUAAAGAAAGUAAUUAUACUUCAGAGUAUACAAUCUGAAAACACAUGAAGUUAAAAAAAUGGAAAUGUUCUUGUUGAAGGCUUUGAUUGGAUGGUGGGUUCUCUAUGAGAUUCUUCUCAGUGUGUAUUCCUCCUGCUUUUCUACCUUUAAUCUACCUUGAAACUUGUCUGAUUUGUAUCCUAACCUCACUAAUCAGUGCAGCACAGAUGGAGGAAUGGUUCUCCUUUGGCGUCUUGAUUCCUCUCAGUGGUUCUCCUGGUGCUCUUAAGUUCCAGAACACAUUGACCCAACAAAUCAACAAAUGGCAACAAAUCCACAAUGUCACGAUUGGCCCCUCCCAGUCCUCCAUGUGCUUUUGUUUUGUUUCCUUGUUUUUUCCCGGUCCUGCCCCCUUGUUUCCAGACCCUG